AUGUCUGCAGUCUUACUGUCCGACAUAUUCACCUUUGAAGAGGGUGAUGACAACCCGCAGACUUCCCCCACUGCCACUCUCUUCCCCCCAGCUCUCUCCUUUCCCGGUUUCGACGAGUCUUACCUCUCCCCCACGUCCAACACCAACACGCUUUCGCCGCCCUCGUCGGGUCUGUCCCACCCAUCCCUCUCGCCCCCCGCCACCUCGGACAGUCCCAAUUCCAACUUGUCCUUUGCGACCGACGAGUACCUCCUCAACUCAAACUUUCCCUCGGACGAGCUCGACAUGCUCAUCUUCCCCGAGGACAUCAAGCAGGAGCUUGACCUUUCUAUGACGUACCAGCCAGCUGCACCAUUCCACAUGCCAUCGUACCUCAAGCCCGCUAUUCAGCUCGAGGCCAAGCAGCAGCCGCAGCAACCGCAGCAGCAGAUCAACGCGCCGCCACCUAUGCCUAUGGGUGCCAUCCAGCCUCCGACGGCGCCGACGUUUGACGGCCUCCUCCAGCAGUGGCGCGUCGACCUCAGUCAAAACCCCCACGCACAGCAGUGGUUCAUUCAGCAGCAGAACAUCAUGCAGCAGCAGCAGCCCAUGCAGCAGCUUCACUCGCCGCCACAGUCGCAGGCACAGUCGCAGGCACAGUUGCACCACCAGCAGCUUCUCCAGCAACACCACCAACACCAGCUGCACCUUCAGCAGCAGCAGGCGCAGCAGGUGAAGCUCGAGAUGCAGCAGACUCAGCAGGCCCACCAGCAGCAACAACAAUCUCAACAGCAGCAGCAGUCUCAGCCUCAACCCAUCACCCAGCCUAUGGCCCCUCAGUCUUUCCAACAGAUACCGCCACAGCCUCAGUCCCUUCCCGAGUCGACUUCCAUGACUGCGCUGCCGAUGCCUCCUCCUCGCCGCAGCGCUCCCAAUGCGCCGAUCAACAAGCCGCUCUCGUCAUCACCGCCUGCCAACGUCGGCAAGCACAACAAGACCGAACGCCGCUAUCGCCAGAAGGUGCAGCAGGCCCAGGGCGACCUCCGCGACGCGGUUCCUGCGCUACGUGUCCUCUAUGGAACCUCGACCGAGGAGCAGAAGAAGACGGACGUCCGUGCCGCAGAUGGCACCGUCGACGGCCUUGGUGAGGUCACGCGGCCCAACGCCAGCGCCAAGGCUACUAUCCUCAUUGGGGCUCGUAUGUACAUCGAACUCCUGCAGCGUCGGACCGCGAUGCUGCAGCGCAAGGUAUCCGAGCUUGAGGCGUGGCGUGCCGUUGUCAGCGGGCAAGCCGAGCUUGACGCCUGGCGCACGGACUUUGACAACCGCGAGGCCGUCAUCGCCUCGCAGCAGGCUGCUGCCCAGGCAGCCGCGUCGCUCAACGACUCGGACGACGUCGAGUCCGACGAGGACGAGGACGAGGCGCCGACUCGCAAACGCGCACGCACUACCAAGAAGAAGUCUGUCGACUCGAAGAUGGGGAUGCGGGCGUUUGCGGCGUUCGCGGUCUCCUUCUCGCUCGUGCCUUCCGCGUCCAAGAUGUUCAAGGACCAGCCGGCUCCGAGCGUCAGCGGGGCUACUUCGUUCGCUGGCGAGAUGUCUCGCGGUCAGGUCAUUGGCAGGCUGCCUCUCAUCACCGCUGAGCACAGCUCGCGUCUCCUUGCGAGAGCGCUUCCGGCCGCCCUAGUUCCGGGCCCACACACGAUUGUUGACUGGUCUGUACGCCUCUUCCUCACUAUCGCGCUUCUCGUUAUCCUCGGCCCGAUCCUCGAGCGUGCUGUGAAGCGGUACCAGGACAAGAGCACUGGUGCGGGUAACAUUGUUGGCUUCGGCCGUGACCUCUUGCAGCUCUACGUUGGCGCGCCUGUACCAGUAGCUGCCGAGUGGACCAGCCUUGCCGCGCGCAUUGUCGGUGGUAUCGUUGAUCCUCCUCCCCUUGUCCGCUGGCACGUUGCUGUGCGCCUCCGCCAGUCUUCCCAGGACCCAUACAGCCUUGCGCUUCUGGCUCUGAUGACUCGUGACGCCCACGGCGCGGAUCACAUCUGGGCCGAGGCUCGCACAAAGUGCGAGACGGACACGCCACUGGGCGCCGUCCUGGCGCUUCCUCUGGACGAGGCAUCGCGCUGCCUCGAGCUUGUUCCGCCCACGUUUGCACCCAUCGCCGCCAUCUCGGAGCAAAUUAACCUCAUCCUCCUGUACGACUUGUACACCCGUUUCUUCAACCACCUCGUGACGGCCACGGGCAACGCGACUUCCCUGCACCCGAUGCUUGCCAACAUCCAGAAGAGCGGCAUGGCCGGCGACCUCAAGUCGCUCGAUCACGAGAUUAAGAGCAUCCUGCAGAGUGUUCCCCGACACAGCACGACGAGCUCCCUUGCGCUUGUCCUCCUCGGCCUCUGGGGCCUGUUCUCGGGCUACCAGUCGCCUGCGUCACUCGUCUCUGCCCUCGCCGAGGAGGAGCUCCGUGGCGCCGGCGCGCAACUCCGGUGUGUCUCUGCCAUGCUCGAGCUCCUCUACCCCGGUUCGUCGUUCUCGCAGCGCGCGACCGGCGCUUCCGUUAGCGUCAAUGCUGAGGCAAUCGACAACCUUGCCAUGACGUGUAUCGGCUUCGUUGACCUGCUCUUCUCGUCUUCGCGCCACAACUCGGCAGCCAAGGGUGUGGACCGCCGGGAGGCCAAUUUCCGUGUGCAGAAGGAGGCAGCGCGCCUCCGCCUCGUUUUGACGCAGGCCAACUUUGUCUGUCUCGACGAGGAGGAGGAGGACACUUCGAUCCGCUCGUUUGACAGUGCAAGACAGAAGCUCGUCGCGGUGUUGUCGACUGUUGGCCGACGGGCAGCGGGCCGCAGCGCGAUCAAUGACGAAGACUCUGGGCUGGAGGACGAGCUGGACCAAUGGUAA